CAAGAGCGAGCAUAAGGUCGAAACGUUGCGAUUAACGCAUGAGCCCGAAACGGAGAGGUUAAUAAAAAUUAUUCAUUCGUGUUGACGUUAAUGGAGAUGGAAAUUGACGCUUCAAAGGAGACAGAAACCACCGCAACCGACCUCUUCAAAGCCGCCGAGUCCGGUGACGCUUCACUCUUCCACACCUUCUCCAGUGACCAGCUCUCCAACUUUCUCUCUCUUCGCAACGAAGAUGGCCGCUCUCUCCUCCACGUCGCCACUUCCUCAGCUCACUCCAAGUUGGUGGGGAUUCUAGCAGAAGCUGAUUCACUAGGGAAGGUGAUUAAUAGCAAGGAUGAAGAAGGGUGGGCCCCAAUUCAUUCUGCUUCCAGCAUUGGGAAUCUUGACAUUCUCCAAAUUCUCCUCACUAAAGGAGCUGAUGUUAACUUGAAAAAUGAUGGUGGUCGAGCUGCUCUUCACUAUGCUGCUAGCAAGGGAUGGGUGAAGAUUGCUGACAUGUUGCUUGUUCACGGUGCAAACAUCAAUGUUAAGGAUAAGGUUGGAUGCACACCACUGCAUCGUGCAGCUAGCACAGGACACUCAGAGCUGUGUGAAUUCCUCAUUGAAGAAGGAGCUGAGAUCGAUGCCCUUGACAAAGCUAAUCAGACGCCUCUAAUGACUGCUGUCAUAUGUGAAAACAAACAGGUUGCACUUCUUCUAGUGAGACACGGAGCAGAUGUAGAUAUUGAAGACAAAGAAGGCUAUACAGUCUUAGGCCGCGCUCCAAAGGAUCUUAGAGACAGUAUUAUUGAUGCUGCAAAAGCCAUGAUGGAAGGCUAAACUAAGAUUGACGUACAGUCUUAGGUCAUACAACUACAAGUAUGUUCAUAUCUGCCUUGUUGAGCCUAAAUACUUCGUAUGAAUGACGUUAGAUAUCCACAUCCAGUUUUAACAUUUCCAAAUGUUGUGAUUAUCUUAGCUUUGAGGAACAUCUUAACAAGUUAUGCUUCACUUUUAUCAGCAGAUCCUGUUGGCAAUUUUACAUCUUAAUCUUACAGAAAUACAGAA